AUGCCACGCUUUCUCGGCCUUCGGGGCAACAGCCUCAAUAUCGUGGCCAUUCUAGGGGUUCUCAUGCCUGGAGUCCUCACUGUAGGCUACAAUGCAUCACUACUCGGGGGUGUCUUGACACUGAAGAACUUCGAAGAACAAUUCCCCGAAAUGAAUAUUGCCACUGCCAAUAGUAAAUCACACGCGUCAACAAUCCAAGGCCUGAUUGUGGCCUCUUACACCAUAGGGGGGUUUUUCGGAACUCUCUCCUGUAUUUGGCUGGGUGACAGAUAUGGCCGCCGCCGUACAAUCAUGGCAGGCUCAGUCGCCCAAAUCUUUGGUGCUAUCUUGAUGGCUAGCGCAGGCUCUAUCGCUCAACUCGCGACAUCUCGAGUCAUUGUUGGUUUCGGCACUGGUGUCCUAUUGGCUACAAUUCCGCUUUGGCAAUCGGAGAUAUCGGCUGCCAAGAAGCGUGGCGCUCACGUCGGCAUGAAGGGAAUUUUCACCAGUUUGGGGUGUGCCAUUGCCCUUUUUCUCGACUUUGGAGUGUCCUUUGCCCCUGGCAGCGUCGCCUGGAGAUUUCCUUUUGCCUUUGUGGUGCUACUUUCGGUCGCCGUUUUGGGGUUUAUCUGUCUGUUACCCGAAUCCCCCCGGUGGCUGAUCCGACAAGGCCGGCUCUCUGAGGCUUGUGAAGUUCUGGCAGCUCUCGACGAUACAUGUGUUGAUGAUCAAGCUGUGGAAGCGAAAAUCAAAGAUGUCCAAAAAUCCCUAGACUUGUGUGAGGAAAAGUCUCCGGGACAAAUCUUUCACAUGGGCCCCCAAAGGACUUUCCACCGAGCUAUGAUUGCUGCUUUGGUGAUGUUGUUCUUGCAACUUAGCGGCUCUACGGUCAUUACAUUUUACACAACUGCAAUCUUCGAAAAAAACCUCUCACUGGGUAAUUCAACAUCCACAGUCUUGGCAGCAGUCUAUCAACUAGUCGGUCCCAUCGGCGGGACCUUCUGUGUUUUCAAAAUUGACGGACUUGGUCGUCGCGUCUUGCUUUUAGGUAGCGCAAUCGGGAAUGUCGUUUGUCUGGCUUUAGUAGCUGGCCUCGGGAGCCAAACUGACAACCCACCUGCAAUGCGCAGUGCUGUUUUCUUCAUUUUCCUGUUCCAUUUCAGCUACACCAUCGGAUUUGGCGCAAUACCCUAUAUCUACGCCGCGGAGAUUGCGCCUUUGCAUCUUCGUACGACGAUCAACAGCUUUAGCAUCAGCAUAUCCUGGGCGGUCAGCAUUGUACUCACUGCCGUCACUCCCAUUGCAUUCAACAGCAUGGGACAGACAUACUUUGUCAUUUUUGCCGGCUGCAAUGCAAUGAUGAUACCCAUGAUCUACUAUCUGUUUCCCGAAACUGCUGGGCGCAGUCUCGAGGAAAUGGAUAAGAUCUUCAUUCUUUCGGGGAGUCUCUUGGAACCUGUCAGAAUUGCUCGGCUUCUUCAACACGGAGAAUCCCUUGACCUGCCGGAGAAGGAGGUCGAUCCAAACCUGAAGUGCCCGGAGCUUCAACUUCGCGAGGUAUAUUCGCCUGGAUCCCUUUCCUAA